AUGACAGGCAAUUUCAUCCGACUUCAGCACUCUACAUGUAAUUGGACCACAAAGCACUCAUACUUGACUCACGAGAUUAAAUGCCAGUGUCCAUUGGAAAAACUUCGCCGACAACAAAUUGACCUGAUUGACCUUCUAAGUAGUCUGUUUGAAGAAGGCCUUCAACUUUCCCAACUCGAUAUAUCAGCUGCUCAAUGUUCUCUGUGCUUUGGACCGGCCGAGGGGGAAGUCAAGGUGUCUCCCAACAAACCUGAUUUCAUCAUCGCAAUGGAUGGUAAUUUCCAACACCGUCAUCAAUCUUACUCCAGCAAAGACUUUCCUCAAGAGGAUCAAUACCCCGACUUUUUCAUUCGGACUAGCAAUAUUGAAAAAGAGGCUGUUGCUUGUCAACAAACUGACGCUCAAGCCAAUGACAUCAAGGUUAAGGAAGGAAGCGGUAAGAUUAGGUUUUCUGGUGAAGAUAUCAUGUGUAUACUGAAUCUGAGGUGUGUUUUAUUAGGACUAUGGCUUCUAAGACGAUAUCGAAAUGCGGUGAAGGUCUUGGGAGAAGCUCAAUCCGCACUAAACACCCUCUUUCAAAUGGCCAACCCAGCCCUACCCGGCAAAAACUAUUCGGCCCUUUUUUUCCGUUCCCAAUGGGCUUCUGAGCGUGAGGCAUAUGCAAGCAAGGAUGCGAUCAUGCAGAAGCAGAAGUUGGAACUUGGUCGGCUAUUAUCUUUACAGGAUGAACUUGAGGCUGCGUGGUUGCAGCCGGCACUUACACCUCAACAGGCUCUCCAUCGUCUUCGAACAACAGCGGAAAUCAAGGAAAGCAUUGCCCAGCAGGCUGCAAAAGUUGGCACAGCCAAUGUCCUUCUAUUAGACAAAGAGCAACAAGCAUUCCUUAAGCUCUGGUACAGUAAGCAUGAAGUUGGACUGAGGUACAUAGCUAUAUGUGAGGAAAAGCGUCCUCUUCAACAGAGCCGCUCAGAUGGUCAUGACACAAAUCUAGGUCAUAAGGGCCAGACCAAUCUGCUUGUUGCGCUUCGGAAGCAUGUAACACAGCUGAAGAAGAUAGUUGAAACUUACCAAACUCGUCGCACAGAAUAUCACGCAAAAUAUCCUGAACAUCAGCUCCCGGCAGACAUCAAUUAUAAUGAACUGCUUCACAUUCAAGCCGAUCAUCCAUUCUGGAACGACUCUCUCUUCACCAAGAUUGAAGCACCUUGGGCAGUUGAUCCCAAUACCAGGCAUGGAAUGCAGCAAGUUGCAUAUGCGGAUUGA